GGGCGUGGCCUCUACGUCAUCACGCGGCGCCGGCGCGUGGGUGCGAGUGGUGACGGCGGCGCGGGCCGGGUCGCGGAUGUGGGCUGAGGUGUUGAUUCUGCCCCGCAGGGCCGCGCUGCGGCUGCUCCCGGCGCUUCGGCUGCGGCACCGCGCGGCGCGCGCCAUGAGGCUCCAGAACCCCCAGUUCGAGGCGCUCUUUACGCCGGGGCUGCGGAGCGUGGCAGAAUUAUUUGAGAAGAAGAACUAUGAGCUGAGAAUAGCCGGAGGUGCUGUAAGGGAUUUACUAAGUGGAAUGACACCACAAGAUAUAGAUUUUGCCACUACAGCUACACCAGCAGAGAUGAAGGAAAUGUUCACAUCUGCUGGUGUUCGUCUGAUCAAUAACAAAGGAGAAAAACAUGGAACCAUUACUGCCAGGCUCCAUGAACAGAAUUUUGAAAUUACUACUCUUAGAAUAGAUGUUGUCACUGAUGGACGACAUGCAGAGGUUGAAUUCACCACUGACUGGGAAAAGGAUGCUGAGAGGAGAGAUCUGACUGUCAAUUCCAUGUUUUUAGGUUUGGAUGGGAUGCUUUAUGAUUUUUUUAAUGGAUAUGAAGACUUGAAAAACAAGAAAAUUAGAUUUGUAGGAAAGGCAAGUGAGAGAAUACAAGAGGAUUAUUUACGAAUCCUAAGAUAUUUCAGGUUUUAUGGAAGAAUCGCAGAAAAACCUGGUGAUCAUGAACCUAGUACACUGCAAGCAAUUAAAGAAAAUGCCAAAGGUUUGGCUGGAAUAUCAGGAGAAAGGAUUUGGGUGGAACUGAAAAAAAUUCUUCUUGGAAACCACGUAAAUCACUUGGUUCGGCUUAUGUAUGAGCUGGGUAUUGCACAAUACAUAGGGCUACCACUUGAUGGAAAUUUAGAGGAAUUUGAUAGAGUCACUAGAAAUAUUCAAAAUCUGUGUCCGAAGCCGAUGACUGUCCUGACAUCAUUGUUCAAGGUGAAGGAUGAUGUCACAAACCUUGACCUGAGACUGAAAAUCUCAAAAGAAGAAAAAAAUCUUGGCCUUUUUUUAGUGAAGCACCGGCAAGAGUUAACCAAAGCUACGGGUCCAGAACCACUUAGACCGUAUCAGGACUUCAUAAUGGAUUCUAGGGAAGCCAAUACGAAUUCCAAGAUCUGUGAGCUUCUAAAAUACCAAGGAGAAGAACAACUUUUACGAGAAAUGCAGGAGUGGACUGUUCCUUCUUUUCCAGUUAGUGGCCAUGACUUAAGAAAAAUGGGUGUGUCAUCUGGAAAAGAAAUUGGAGCAGCAUUACAGCAGUUAAGGGAUGAGUGGAAGAAAAGUGGAUACCACAUGGAUAAAGAAGAACUAUUAAGUUGCCUGAAGAAGUUGUAAGAUUGAGUAACAGUGGACAACUAUUUGUGCCCUGUAUUAAUUGUAACUGAGAUACCAGUAAAUACUUGAUCAGUGUUGUUGCAGCUGAUAUAACAUUUGUCAUAUUUAAGAUAUUCUGACAGCACGGUUCUGUUGUUAAUUUGUAAUUCCUACAAGGAGAGGUUUAAUUUUGUAGUAAUGUAAAACAUUAUUUGCUAAAUUCUACAUUCUCUACCUCUUUUUGUUAUUCUUUAAUGGUAGAUAUUCUUUAUCUUUGCUCUGGGGCAUUAGGGUUUUUUUUUUUCUCACUGACUUUUCUACAUCUGAAAAAAAAAAUAACCCUAAACCCCUAGAAGGGUGUUUGUAUCCUCUAGAUAAAAUCACA